AUGGCGAAAACGUCAGUGGUUGUCAGAGAUGUGCAGAUCGACGAGAAUGCUUCUUACGACCUCUCUCCGGCAGCUUCCAAAUGUGCGUGUCGCGGGAGGUGCUUCGUCGACAGCCGCUGCAUCGCGCACUCCUACAACGCCAGCGGCGCGUGCGCUCUCAGCGACAAGCUCGGGCAGACUUCGGAGUCCAGCGGCGCUACUUACCAGUACUCAGAACAGUUUGAGCAGAAACCUGACGGCGCGUUCUACAACAAGAAACUUUUCCUGACGUACACCGCUUGCGUGGCUCGGUGCUCUCAUCCUGGCAUGCGGAUCCCCGUCGUCAAAACUCGAGCAACUUUCAAUUAUCUGAAGAGCGAUCGAAACAUAUGGGUUGGCCUAAAGAAAGAAGCCAAUGGUGUCUUCCGUUGGUCUGACGGCAGCGAGCUCGACCUGACGAUGUCGAGCCCGCCUGUGCAAGACCAAAACCAAAAAAUCUUCGUGAUUUGGUAUGGAGUAUUCAACGACGCCCCAUCUGUUUACCACACUGCAACAUGCACGUGCCAGGGUGUCUUCGUCAACGUUCAAGCUUGA